GGAAGAUGAAUUGUUUGACUCACUCAGCUAAUUAAUCUGAAUUUAGGUUGUCGAAUGGAUGAAGAAAGUUUGGAAUGUAGUAACGAUAGGUCCAACAUUGCCAUCAUUUUAUCUUGACAAACGAGUUGAAAAUGAUAACGAGUAUGGCUUCAAUAUUCAUAAGCCAAAUUCUAGCAAUUGCAUGGAGUGGCUUGACAGUAAGAAAACUGGAUCAGUCGUCUACGUCUCUUUUGGAAGUGCAGCAAAUUUGUGUGCCGAACAAGUAACAGAACUAGCUGAUGCUCUCAGGCAAAGCAACAUUAUGUUCUUAUGGGUGGUGAAACCUGAUGAACAGAGUAAGCUUCCCAUCGAUUUCAGCAAAGAGACAUCAGGUAAGGGAUUGGUUGUGACAUGGUGCUCACAAUUAGAGGUGCUAGCACAUCAUGCAAUCGGAUGCUUCAUAUCACAUUGUGGAUGGAACUCAACCUUAGAAGCAAUAAGCUUCGGUGUGCCUAUAGUUGCAAUGCCUCAAAUAUUAGACCAAAUAAUCAACGCGCAUUUUCUAGAGAAAGUUUGGAGUGUGGGGUUGAUAGCUAAAGCAAAUGAGGAUGAGAAAGGUGUCACUGCAAGUGAAGAGAUAUACAGGUGCAUCAGGGAAGUUUUAGAAGGAGAGAGAGGACAAGAAAUUAGAAAGAAUAUUACUAGCUUGAAAGAAUUGGCUAAGGAGGCAAUUGACAUAAGUGGAAGUUCAGACAAGCAUAUUGAUGAGUUCAUUUCACAGCUUGAUCCUGUCUACUUGAGACACAGAUCAAACUACAACUGAAAUUGUACAAUUUAUCUGACUUGUCUUGUGAAGUAUAUUCUAUGUUUGAUUAAAUGCUCCUGGUGUUGCUU